AUGUCCUUUACGAUCUCGACGUACACUCCUGGCGCGAGUACUGCUACGCUGCACGCCAUCUGGCAGUCGGCCUACGCUAGCUUACACCCGACCUUCUCCCUUCCAGCAGCCAAACUCCACCAACUAGUCAACACACCUCUGGCCAAGGUGUUCAUAUCUACAGCUGCAAGCGGUGAGGUGGCGGGCUUUGUGCUGACAUACCUUGUGCGCAUCGGCUCGUCAUCGCCAAAGCUACAGCACUACAAGGGCACGCUAGCUGCUCUCGUCGUCAGCGAUGCGUACCAGGGCCAAGGGGCCGGCACGGCACUGCAUGAUGCAGCGCUGGCGUACCUCGAGCCAGCGGUCCGGGACUCGCUCACUCGCUCCACCCCACCUGCCGCGCACAGCGAGAUCAUGUUUGGCUCGAUUGUGCCCCGCAUCUUCCCUGGCCUGCCUGGUAUGCCGGCUAUGGAACGCGCAAGAGCGUGGUUCACCAAACGCGGGUGGAACUUUCUCGACGGCGACAUGCAGAUUGACCUGUACGGCAAGCUGCCCACGAGUGUGGACCAGGAGGUGUUCAAGGUGGCUGCGGUGCAGAACGGCAUCACGUUCCGCCCAGCGACGCCGGCCGACAAUGAGGCGAUCAUGGCUCUGCAGAGCGACAACUUUGAAGACUACACGGUGAACGGCGUCAUCAUAGGCAGCGCAAUCGUGGCCAUGCCUGGGUCUCCGAUUCACGACGUGCUAGCGUGGCCAUGCACUUUGGGCGAGCGGUGCGGAUCCAUCUCAUGCGUUGGCGUCUCCCACUCGGCUCGGGGCAAGGGUGCCGGUGUCACUCUCGUUGCAGAGGGAAUGCAAGGCCUCACGGCUCGUGGAGCCGAUGGCGUGUUUGUCGACUGGGUCCGGAUGAAGAACUUUUACGAGCGAUUUGGACUGCAUCAAUGGGAGAGCGCAUACUGGGAUGCUGCCAGGUGA